UCACCAGUUUAAUUAUUCUAAGCCUCAAAAAUGGAAGUCAAACAUUUAAUUUUGUUGCUCUUCUUCUUAACCGACAAUAAAUUAUCAGAAUCUGCAAGCUUCUCAACUGCUGAACAUUCAGAAACAUCAAGCAGUUCCACGUCCGAGAGUCCUUCACCAAUUUCUUCUUCAUUAACCAGUGAACCGCAAUCUUCAGGAUACUCUGGAACUGAACCGACUUCAGAGAGUCCUAGCAGCUCUGACAGCCCUUCACCUAGCUCUGUGUCUGCAUCAAGCUGGACUUAUGAACCAACUACACAAGAAUCACCAAGCAGUUCCACGCCAGGCAGCUCUACAAUCCCUCUAUCGACAUCAAUAUGGUUCGAUACUAGCUCGCCACCAUCAUGUCCAUCAUGUCCUCCAAACUUCACUCCAGGCAAGGAUUGUUCAUGCAUUUGUAAAGUCAAUUGCCCUUAUCCAUUUGCUGUAGACUUUGAUACCUGUAAAUGCAUAUGUAAUCCAGCAAUUGUGUGUCCAUCAAACUGUGGAUUAGAUCCUAACCUGUGCAUUUGUCUACCCCCAUCAUGUCCACCGCCAUUCAUACAGGAUCUAGAAACCAAUGAAUGUUAUUGUGAUCAAAGUUAUCAAACAAGUUGUUCAUACAAUCAAAAAUGGGAUAAUCAGACGUGUCAUUGUGCCUGUGGAAAGUCAGAAGUUUGCAAGACAGGAUUUGUAUUUGACAGCAAUCUUUGUGGAUGUGUCUGCGAGAAGAAAACUUGUGAGGAGAAUUUUGUAUUCAAUAAUAAUACUUGUUCUUGUGUCUGUGAUUCAAGUCAUGUAAACAAAAGCUGUCCAAGUGGCUUCAUAUUCAGUUAUGUGACUUGUCAGUGUGAAGUCAUCCAUAAUGCUUAUAUACCUGAUGGAUAUAAAAGCACCUGCAAAUGUUAUUGUGAUCGGUAUUGCCCAACAGAACCAGGAAUUUAUCUUGAUAGAUUUGAAUGUGAAUGCAAGUGUGCAUUGGAAUGUCCUGAAAGAUUUACACUUGAUUCAUACGGCUGUAGAUGUUAUUGUCAGGAAACUGAAUGUGUUCGAGGCAUACAAUUUGAUUCUGAAACUUGUAGCUGUCCAAAACCUGAUUGUCCUGUAACGGGUUAUAGAUGUUCACCUGGAAUGGUUUAUAACUAUGGAAAUUGCAGCUGUGAAUGCGACGAUCAACCAAAUUGUCAAGGAGGAAGCUUUCAAGUUGAUCCUAGCACGUGUAAUUGUGUCUGUUCAUUAAAGGAUUGUGGAGCUGGUUUUGUAGUAGAUCAAAAGAUUUGUGAAUGUGUGAGGAUCACAACUCCUGCACCUACAACUACAUCAACUAUUACUACAACUACUUCAACAGUCACAACCACUUCGACUGUCAAGUUGAGCACAUCAAAAGCUCCAGAUACCACAAUCAGCUCAAAUUCUACACUCAAACCAACUCCAUCCUCAACAUCAUGUCCUCCACACUUCAUUUACGACCUAGAAACCUGCAAAUGCAUCUGUGACCCGAACUACAAAGAAAAAUGUCAAUUCAGCCUCACUUGGGACAGUCAAAAGUGUCAAUGUGUCUGUGUUGAAGGUGAAAUUUGCAAAACUGGAUAUGAAUUUGACAUCACUCGAUCUGUGAAUGUGUCUGUAAGAUGA